GGCUCGUCAUUUUCAGCCAGUUGCAGGAAGUAGCGGUGCUGCCGCUAGACUCUUGUCUUGUGUACCAACAAGGUAUUUGAGUAUUCGACACGCGACGCUUGCAGAAGGAAAUAUAAUUUAGUCGUGGUAGAGCACACGCAAUGAUGCCGAGUUGUUCUUACAUAAUGAAGAGCGCAAGUGAAAUAAUUUUCGUGGGGUUGCUACUUGUAUCAUCGCUGGCUUCAAGCUGGGCGAAAUUACCAUUUCAGAUGAAACCAUGUGCAAGAAACGCAACCGACUUGGGGGAUUGCACUUUAGAAAUGGCCAGUCGUGCAAUGUCGUACAUUUUGAAUGGUCGCUCUGAGAUUUUCGGCAAGUUGGACUCCAUUCCACUUAAUGACUAUAAUUUUAAAUCCGAAGGGAGCGACGUAGCCAUUCAUGUCAAAGCGAAAAGUAUGUGGUGGAAAGGUAUGAAUACAGCGAUCAUAAAAAACUUCAGGUUUGAUUUGGCCUCCUUGGAGCUGUUUUUCGAGCUUGUUUUUCCUGCUCUUAAAUUUGAAGGCACUUGCACUGUCAACGGACGCGUCAACAACGUGGGAAUAUAUGCGGAUGGUGUAAGGUUCCCUUUAGCCUCAUUGUCCGCCGUUGAAAGCGGAUUCAGUGCAAGUUUCGGCUUCCAGCUCGAAAGACAGACCAAUGCUUCAGGGACAUUCCUGGUUUCCAAAAUGACCGCUUACGACCCACGACCCGGAGAAGUGACUUGGACGCUGGAUAACUUCCUCCCCCCGACUUAUACACCAGAUCACGAUGCGACAGAGAGCUUGCAGAAGGUGAAGGACCAAGCACGCAUGCCCACGAAGGAUCUCUUGAGCCAGUUCGUGGGGCAGGCGGUCCCGCAGUCCCUCUCCAAGGUCUUGCAGCUCGCCACAUACGACCAGUUCUUCCCCGUGACGGUAUCUGCGGAGGAUUUACCAGACGGCGCCCCAACCCUGAAGAGCGGCUGGCUACCGGUCACCCUCGCACUCUGCUCUGCUAUGCUGUUGAAGAUUGCCUAGCAGCUGGUAGCAUUACCCGUGCAACAUUUGCCGUUGCCUGUGCUUCCGUCGGCAUUUUUCCACACGGCCAACGUUAAGGGGGAUCAGGCCCCGCCUUCGUGGAUUUUUCCCUCUUUUCGCUAUAAACUAUUCAUCACAAUUUAGGCAUGUUGGUUUGUUACGACCGUACAUUUACUAACAGGCCCUAUUCUGUAAGCGCCGCGAGGAAAUGAACUUAUCAUUUCACGCGGGCGACUAUAGCUGUCAUGGUUUGUCAGACUAUAUUUUUCUUCUACACCUGCAGUGUAUUUAAACAUUAUAUCUCGCUUUUGCAUCAAGUAUUCACACACACGAAAAAUACAAAGAAAUUUAACGGUU